UUGACAGAUUGUAAAAAGUUCAAAAAACGAACAGAGUUCUAGCUGUUUAAAAGCUGUCAGAAUUAUUGGGACACCCUGUAUUCUAAGCCAUCAACGAUUUUUUACUCAAAAAAUUUCUUCAGCCCGGGGAGCAGAACCUAUCAUUUAUCCGUAUAUUCGGCCAUUUGGAGUCCGGUUCAACCCCCUUGAUAUACCGUACAUGAAGUACAAGAAAUCUAUAGAGAAACAAUGGCAGUUUGAUCCAACCUUAAUACCUGAAUUCAAAAUGGAUGAAAAUGAGAUAACUGGAGGAGGAGGAAAUAAUCAGGCUUUAAAUAAACGAAGGGAUGAGGCUGCCCGGCGGCGUGGAUUGGAGAAUUACGAGGGAAACAGCGGGGCCAACGUUAUCCUCUAUAUCGGCCUCGGGAUGGUCGCAAUGGGCCUCGUCAUCACCUUCGUUGGCCUCGGGGACAAGGGGUUCCGAACUCUUGAGCUAAAAUUAAUAGGUCCGAGUCUAGUGGGCUGCGGAAUGUUUUUUGCGUUGCUACGAAUUUUAUUUUGUACCAUUCCAUCGUGCUGCAGUCCUAUGAUGGGAUGCUGUAGGAGAACUGAAGAGAACCAGAAACUUCUUGAAAAAGAACCCGUCGAGAGGGAGAAAAGUGAAAUAAAAGAAGUUACGAUAAAGCAGGUUGGAUUUCAUGAGCCGGUUCCUUUAGAGACACCGAAAAGAGAGGUUCGGCCGCAUUUUGUAUCAGACUCUGAUGAUGAUUUCGUAGAGAAAAAGAAUUCUAUCCAUCCUGCACCUUCCACAAUUAUCCAUACAGAUCCACUAUUAGGACAAGCAAAGCAACCUGAUUCUCUCUCUUCCUCAUCAUCUUCUGCAUUUAGUUUAAAUGAAGCAGACACGAUUGACCUGGAAGGGAGUACAAGAAAUAUUAGAACUGGCGAAAUAAUUCUAAACGCUACCAAACUGAACAUUGAGGCUGUUUAAAAUAAACUCAACUUAUACUUCAAAUUGAUUUGGCUUUUCUCUAAAUGUAUAAAAUCUAUUGGACGAUGAAAAUGUAAAAAAGUAUUGCAAUUUUGAUUGUGAUUAUGCAAUUCAAAUACAUUUUCUUACAUUUCUCCAUGAAAACAUUGCAGAAGAAGCUGUCAAAGGUAUUAAUUUUAAUUUUCAGUAAUCUUGUUUUUUAGUUUGGGGGACAGUAGAAAUUUUUUGGCUUAAAAGACUUUUUAGGCACAAAGUGUCUUAACUUUUUUAUUCAGUUUGCCAAGAACUUUUUGAUGAAUUCAAACAUUUGUAAACAUCGUGUAUUGUGUACAGAACAAUGUAUAACUGUACAUGGUCAUGUACAAGACAUAUUUACUGCUGUAUUAUAAUGUACUGCAUAAACCGUUGAGAAAAGUUUCUAAUUAAUCGAGGAUAUGUACUGCAUGUCGACAAGAUACAGGGUUACCCACAAAGGAUGAAACUUCA